AAAAUAAUGUCAAAGUUGAAAUUUCAGGGACCAUGCACCAUCAUCUUUUCCUAAUGUUGGCGACAGCGUGUCUUGCACGUGCAGACGAUCACGGGGGUGUCACGUGGAGUCCAAAGGCCAAUGAAGUCAUUGACUUGACGCACCAUUUACAUCCAGAUACUCCCGUGUUUCCCGGAGCUCAGGGAUUCAACUACACCCGUAUCCGCAGAGGACCGUGGGUGUACGGAGCAGGAUGGCUAGAAGACAAUGAUAUUUGUGGAUCGGACUUAAUGGGCACCAGUCUUCUUGCGCCUGCGCGAUGGGCGCAAAACAGAUGGUACAUCAACGAGAUUCCACCGCACAGGUUCUUUGGUCCUGUGGUGAAAGUGGACGUUUCAAUGAAAGUCGAGAAUAACAGCAACUACAACUUAAUGCUGAGCGACCUAAAGAGCUGGGAAAGCCAACAUGGCCGAAUACCCGACAACGCUAUCAUACUCGUUCAAACGGGAUGGUCCAAGCAUUAUGGAAACAAAACUGCUUACUUUGGAACUGAUGCUGCCUCGUUCUUGAUAAACGGAGAACCAACGACCAAUCACCCCGGGAUAUCCGAUGAAGCUGCUAUGUGGCUUGCAGAGAACACAACAGUGUAUGGGGUGGGCAUUGACUCCCCUGGUAUUGGCCCCAGCUCCUCAUACACCGCAAGCACUUCACUGCACAAAAGAAACAUCUACACUAUUGUUGGUGCGGUAAAUCUACAUAAGGUCCCGGCGAAAGGGUAUUCCUUGGCUGCCUUGCCUAUGAACGUAGAGAAUGGUACUGCGUCCCUUGUGCGUUUGUUGGCAUUUAGGACCGCUAAAUUAAGUCCUAAACCUGAGGACACUGUGGAUUUGACGUAUGCGUUGAACAAUGACACCGUGAUGUGGGUUGGUAGAGAACCCUUUCAGUUGUUUAGCGUCUAUAAAGGGCCCCUGAUAAUCGGGAAUAAUAAUUUGUGGUUUGAAAAAAACGCUUUCUGUGGUCCGGAACACAUGGGAACCCACCUUGACGCUCCGGCACACUUUAUCAAAGACUCUUGGAGAAUCCAUCAAAUCCCCCCUCACGGCCUCAUUGGCCCCGCUGUGAGAAUAGACAUCGACCAAAAGGCUGCAAACGACCCGGACGCAGUUCUCACCGUCGAAGAGAUCAAGGCGUGGGAAAGAGAAAACGGGCGUAUACCUCAAAAUGCCAUUGUUUUCCUAUAUACCGGAUGGGGGGAAUAUGUUAACAAUUACACGGCAUAUCUUGGAACCGAUAACCAUGAGAAUUUUCUUGACGAGAAUGGCGUGCCGAGGACACACUGGCCAGGCUUCUCAGCUGAGGCCGGGGAAUGGCUUGUCAGCGAGCGGCAGAUCCUUGGAGUGGGGAUAGAUGCUAUAAGCUUCGAUAUUGGCUACACUCUUUUAUUCAAGACCCACGUUUCAUUCCUUGGAGCACGGGUUCUCGGUCUGGAAAAUAUUGCAAACCUCGACAAGUUGCCCAAAACUGGCACUACUGUGUUUGUUUUCCACAUGGUAUACGUUGAUGGAAGCGGGGCAGCGACCAGGGUUGUGGCCCUAAAAGAUGGUCUUCAGACUUCAACGACCCCAGCUCCCCCUACCAGCCCAUCCCCAACGCAGUGUGUGACUGGAUCCGGUUGGCGUGUUCUUGCCUCUCUCCGCAGAACCGCUGUAUUGGCUUUUGUUAUUUGCUUCCUCGCCGAGAUAGUUUAAUCGACCUUUCGGCCCAAAAGAUAUAUAUAAUACAUUUUUGUCCCCGACUCCUCGAUUUCUUAGUUUCCAUUGAAACACACAGCAGUGGCAAGCGCCAUCUGUCUUUCAGUCAAUGCAUUUACCGGUGGUUGAUGUUUGAAUUCCAUGUUUUAUUCCCUUCAGUCAUGAGUUUGAAGUUUGGAAUUAUGAGUUGUGAAUGAGGUGGAAGGGAUUUUGUUUGUAAUUUUCCUUAUUUACACUUACCAGUAUGUGUAUUGAUCCAUAAAUCAAAACCUUUUUUUCUUUUGGCAACUUUGUACCUCCCCUUCGCACUUGAAUGAUCUGUAAUAGUUCGUGCUUUUAUCAUAGUAGUGACAUGAGUUAUACGACUUCAAAGUGAUAAAUUUCAGUGACUCAUUUUAAUAUUACAUGAAAUGUGCUGGCAUUUUCCACCCCAACAUGAAAUCGAACGAUGUGAAAUAUUUUUUUCUUUUUUUAUUUUCUUUUUUUUUGCAUUGCUUAGGCCCUAUUUGUUUAUCAGUUGCAUACUGUAUAUAGUGCUUGGUUUUGCAUUUUAUACGUACGCUAACAAGCCUAAUUCUAACAUGCAUGCUAAAAAUAACCAAUACAUCAGAUAUGCAGUUCAGUAAGUAGUCGACUGGUUCAAUUUUCUUUUCCAAUUUGAAUGCUACUUUCGCUAUACAGAAUGAUACUGGAAUGUUAUAGAAGCGAUAAGGCCGACUUAAAAUCAACUGGCAUACCCCUGUACAUGUAAUUUUAAGCAACGACUUUGAAUGACAAAAGUAGUACGCAAUUGUAAAACUUCUGAUAUUCAUAUUUCUUGUGUUAUAUUUUUUCAAUUUUUUCUCUUUUCUUUUUUUGUGGCAUAUAUUGAUGGAAUGGGUAUAUCUUUAACUUAAUAAGUAUAGUACUAUCACAGAAGGCAAGGGACGUGGGCUUAACUUUGCAUUUAAGUUGACAUUUGGUUUGAAUUAUAUUAUCGUUAUUCAUUUUUACUCAAUUCUAGCAAUUCCUGUACUGGUGCAUGCAUUUUAUGACCUUGUAAUAUUUUGUUCAUUUAUUGCUUUAAGUGCGUUCACAAGGCCAUAUAUGGCCUAACAGAUACCAACACGUAUUAUGUCAUAGUAUAACCUACACAAUAAAUACUAACACAACAGCGUUAUAGUUAUAAAUGGUUACUACUUUGCCAACCUUUUUUCACC